AUGGCACCAGCCUCAGGUUCGCAUGUCGACUCCAAUGCCUCGAGACAAGGCAUACGAUCGCCGCCAAAUCCGGCGGCUCACAUAUCGCAUCUCCGACCUCGCUACCCGACGGAAGCUCGCCGAAACGACUCGUUUCCCGCGGCCCAGCAGCUGGCCCAGUCAAUCUCGUCCACCGAAACGCCUGAAGCUGCCGUCACGGAAGGAGCGCAGCUGGAAGAAGCCCCGAAUCUCUUCGACUCGGCCCAGCCCACUGAGCACGCGCCAGUCUCAAUCCUCGAAGCGGCCACGAAAAUUGCUCGCGACAAAACGGCAGCCCAUAACGCCAAGCUGGCAGUCUUACGGGUCUUUAGCGAAUCAUUCGAACAAGCAGCAAAGCAGUUCACGUCUGGCACCGAAAACAGCAUCGCCAAGCAAGUCGCCACCAAAUUUCUCAAAUUCUGGACUCAAUCGCUUGCCGAACUCGAAGAACCACCGAAGCCCACGUACAGCAGCGUUCUCGCAUCCGGCAAGCCGAAGCAAGGACAGCUGGCCUUUACAGCCUCCGCCCCACCACAGCGAAAACCACAGACCACCACUCGUCUGCCAGGACGACCGCCCGUAGCCCCACCGAAGGAAGACCUCCGUGUCUUCGUCCGACUUGACGCUGACGCUCCGGCCCGAAACCACGAAAGAUACGCAAUCCGGACCCACAUCGCCGCUAGAGUCGGUAUUGACCUGCGCCGCAUUCCGGCAGCCUUCCCGGUAAACACGGGCUGGGCCAUCCAGGCAUCGGAUGUGGCCACGCGUGACUUACUUGUGCAACGGCAGGCGGAGUGGGCUGCAGACCUGGAAGCCGCGGCCGUAGAGAUAAGCCAGAAAUGGCAUUCGUACGUGGUAGCCGAUUGUCCUCGUAGGCUCACAGACCUACGAGGUGUCGUGAUCAACUACGAGGAGGCGGUCAAAGAAGAGAUUGCCUGCCAAACCGGACUGAAGCCCAUCAGCAUACGUCUAUCGCGACACGACUCGGGUGAUAUGCCCACCCAGACCCUGAUUGUGUCCUUCCUGGAACCCACACGAAGACCCUGGAGACUUUUCGGCGCCAGCCGUCUCGCCCGUUACAUUGACAAACCCAGCAUCCCUAGCCAAUGCGACAAAUGCUGGGAUUUCCACGCUCGCCACAGCUGCGACCGGAUGGCGCGCUGCAGACGUUGCGGCAAGACCAACCAUCGUAGCCAAGAGUGCGCAGCCCUAGAGCAGUGCGCAAACUGCCUCGGGCCACAUUGCGCUGACGAUCCUAAAUGCCCUGCCCGCCCCAAGCGCGUUCAUGGCAUUGUACGGCGCCUGACGAAAGAGGAGAAGGGUCUGGUGAGGCAGGCGGGAGCUCAGCUCUUCGCGCAGCAGAAAAGACAGACACCAAACCACAACGUGCCCGAGCAGUCUUGUCAGAGCCCUGAUUCGAGUCAGUUACGUUCUUCGGAGUCGCAGGCAGCUGGAGAGGAUGGAAGCUCCGGCAGAAGCGCCACUCCAGAGCGAGCCGCUUCCUCACCCCCUUGCAUUGUCGUGGCCACGACGCCGCCGCACGCUAGCGAUGACAACCAGUUCACCCCUGUCGUCCCGAGGGCCUUGCGAGUCUUCCAAGCCAACGUGGGCAAGAUCCCUCCGGCGCAUGACACUGCGCUCGCGCUGGCUGAUUCGGAGCGAUACGACAUUAUCCUGCUGCAGGAACCAUGGACAGGACUUAAAGACGGCCGAUGCCUCACCAAGACGCAUCCGGCCUACGACACAUUCUCACCCGUCACCGACUGGGACGGCCGCGACACUCGUCCGAGAGUCAUGACAUACGUCCGGCGCUCCGCAGGCCUCGUCGCUGAUCAAAAGAGACCUCCGGACUACGACGCGGCUUUGGAAAUACUGCUUGGCUGGUGCGCGACGGAUAAAUGCCUUGUAUCUGGCGACUUCAACGCCAAGCAUCCCAGCUGGCAGGCCGGUCGACAAGAGCACCGCGGUGAAGACAUCGCGUUCUGGGCCAUGGAUAACCGACUCAGCUUAUUGAAUGCUGUCGAUGUCCCGACUAACGCGCGCGGCAGCACGAUCGAUCUCGCCUUCUCCAAUAUACCUUUGGCGGACGCGUCAAGCCCUAGCACCCUUCCAUUAUGCAAGAUCCGCCUCAACUCCGAUGAGGAAUUGAAGCGAUUUGUCGAGCUGGUAGAAGCCGGUGCAGCUUUCAUCCCGACUACAACCUCAACUCCCUCCGAGCUGGACAACUUUGCGUCGGCGCUGGUGGACCUUCUUGGUUGUGCAGCGAGAGCUGCGGGCCGACCCGUCCGGCCGUGCCAGGCACCUCCCCUGCAAGUAGACGGCCGAGUGUACGAGACGCAGCUGGAGAAAGCCACCGCCUUGCGGCGAGCAACCCUGGAGCGGCGCACAGCGAGCGACGACAUCCCAGACCCGUGGAUUCCCGUGAACACGGAUAAGAUGAUUCCCUUUCCCAAUCAGGUCUCCUUCGAGGAGGCUCGCGACGCCACUCUACGCACCGGGAACACGUCUCCAGGCUCGGACAACAUCACGGUGCGGAUGCUUCGCGCUGUCUGGCAUGCAAUCGAAGUGGUUAUGAUCGCCAAGCUAGGACGCAGAGAUCUGUCUACACCCCGCGCCUGGCGCCCCAUCUCCUUUUGUCUUGUCUCGGCAAGGGCCUCGAGCGGCUCAUUGCACGGCGUCUAG